UAUGCGCUUAUCAUGGCUGGAGGGUAGAGGAGAACUGCAAAGCCAUUUUGUAUUCGAUGCGCGAUGGAGAAUUUUUAAAAAUUAAGUUGUCAGUGGAAUUUGUGUUUUGUCCGUACGCUUCGUAGUUUUUCACAUAAUUCUUGAACACCUACAGCCGUUCAUCACUGUCGCUCAAAUUUUUUAUCAUACGCACUCAUAUCGCUCACGUUCACGCGUCUAACCCACAAAAUGGCCUACAGAUCUAGCCGUGGUGGUUUUGUUAAUCCUAGAGGAAAUCGGGGAAACUCGUAUAAUUCAAAUUAUGGCAGCUCAAGAGGUAAUCGUGGUGGCAGCAGCUACAACGAUAACUAUAGAAGUCGAGGUGGUAGUUCAUAUCGAGGUUCUCGUGGAAGUAAUAGAGGAAAUGGAGGAUCUUGGUCAAGUAAUUCACCAUCAACUGGUGGCUAUAACAGCAUGAAUCGCAAUAGUGGAUCCAACUGGUCAUCACAAGGAGACUCAAAUUAUGAUUCCAGAAAUCGCUAUUCUGGUAAUAAUGAUCGAUAUUCAAGUGGUCAUAAUGAUGACUAUAGACGGUACAAAGAGGGUGGAAGAAGUCACAGAGACUCAGACAUGGGUGGAUAUUCAAGUUCCGGUGAUGAUUUUGGCCGUUAUAGUGGUGGUGGUAGCAGUUAUAUAGAAGACCGUAGUAGCAGAUCAUCCUAUGCUCCUGAUAAUAACUAUGGAGGAAGUAGCGGUUACAGAGGCCGUGAUAGUUCACGUGAUUAUGGUUCAGAUUUCCGUAAGCCACUGCCUCCAGAUGAUGAUCGCUCUUCACCACCAUCCCCUAGAUAUUCUGGCCCAUCUAAUAGAGGCAGGGGUACUAGAGGUUUUCGAGUUGCUGAUAGGCCUGGUAUGAGGGGUAGAUCUUCUGCCAGUGUAUCUUAUAGAGGAUCUUUUGGAGGCAGCGCAGGACUUAUCAAACGUAAACGACUUGAACCUACAUCUAAUUGGCGAACUAAUCCCAUUCGUAAAGGAUAUGAUAUAGCCAAUAGAAGGAUACAUACAGUCAAAAGAACUAGUAUGCGGGAUCAUGAUGAUUAUCGUGCAAGAAAAAUAGCUGAAUUCAGAGAAAAAACUCGGCAAUUACGUGAACGGGUUAGAUCUCCUUCAGUAGAUGAAGAAGAAGUAGAAGAGGAAGUAGAAGAAGAAGUAGAAGAAGAAGAAUCUGCUAAUGAUGAUGAUGCAGAUCAACCUGAAGAUGAAGAAGAUAAGAAAGAAGAAUCACCUAAAAAGAAAAGAAAAGUUGUGAAAAAAGUGGUAAAAAUUGUUAAAAAGAAAGUGAAAAAACCUAAAUUAAAUGGUGAUGUUUCCAAAUCUGACUCUGGAGAUAAAUCAUCUCCCCGAAAAACUGAAAACAAUUUGUUGGAUUCCAGAGGAGAACCAUUUAUAAAACUAUUAUGUCCUCACUGCGAAGUCACCUGCAAGACAUUUAGAGAAUAUGAAAUUCAUUUAUUGAAAAUACGUCAUCGUACAGCUAUGUCCCAGUUAGCUCGUAAACGGAAGCAUGAGUUAUUCAUGUUUCGUCAAGAUCAACGUAAAGAACAAAAAGAAAUUGAUGAUAAGGCUACUGAAGAAGAUCCAAAAACCGAUAUAAAUUACUGUAAAUUGUGCCAGCUAAACUUCAAACAACCCAAAAGUGAUCAUUUCAGUAGUACUUUGCACAAAAAAAUCAAACAAUUUUUACAACCAGCAUGUAAUAUUUGUCACUUGAUGUUUGCAUCACCAAUGCGUUAUGAACACCAUUUAUGCAGCACUAAUCAUUUAAAAAAAGUUGAUAUCUAUGAUCGCAGAACUAAACGAAUGGCUGCUGUUCCUAGUGCUGAUGAAGCAGAUGGUGAUGUUGACAUGGAAAAUUUCAUGGUUUUGGACUCUGUUGGUUCUGGAGAUGAUGAAGGAUCAGAAGAAGGUGAUACACAAGACAAUGAUGGAGAAAAAAAGAAGAAAAAUAAAUCCAAAAAAGAAAUAAGUCUGGGUAAAGAAUUUUGUAAAAAGGUUGAAGUAUACUACUGUGAGCUAUGCAAAUUCAAUUUACCCCCACAUGAUGAUGUUGAACAACAAUUGAGUCUCCAUUGCCGUAAUCGUGUACAUUUACAACGAUAUGUACAACAUUGUGAAAAAAACAAGUCUCGGGAUAAGGCAGCUGAAGAAAUCAUCAAAGAAGAUAAUGUCGAAGAAACAAAAUCUGAUAGUGACUCUUCCAACCAUAAAGGUAUUGAAAAUGAAGAUAAAAAUGAUGCUUCGGACAAUGGUGAUGAUUCAAGUGUAAAUGUUCAACAUGACGAUGAAGUAAAAAAUGAAUUUGAUUGGGCCAUUUUGGAUACAGUCAUAACUGGAAAUAGUAAAAAUAAUGAAAAACCUGAUGAUGAUGAUUCUGUAGUAAAAUUAGAAUCCGAAUAAUAUUUAAAGAUACAGAAGUAAAUGUUUAAUUGUUUGAAGAACAAUUAAUUAAUAUAAAUCAUUAUUCG